AUGCUCUCAUCAGGACUUGGAAUUUACUUCCUGCUUUUAGGCACUACUUUCAAACUGGUUUGUUACUUUGCUAACUGGGCCCAGCACAGACCAGGAAUAGGCAAGUUUAUGCCAGAAAAUAUCCCCCCUUGCCUGUGCACUCACUUAAUCUAUGCAUUUGCUAGCAUCAAUAGUAACCACAAGAUUGCUACCAAGGAACAGAAUGACGAAGCUCUUUACAAAUCAUUCAAUGGUCUCAAAAAACAGAGACCUCAGUUGAAGACACUCCUGGGUGUUGGAGGAUGGAAUUUUGGUACACAAAGGUUCACCAGCAUGGCUUCUGCCAGGAAGAAUCGUUUAAUAUUCAUUAAUUCGACAAUUAAACUACUUAGGAAGCAUAACUUUGAUGGUUUAAAUUUAGACUGGAAAUAUCCAGGUUCGAGGAAAAGUCCAGCUGAAGACAAACAAAGGUACACAACUUUGAUUGAGGAAUUGAAAAAAGCCUUUCAACAAGAAGCAAAAGAAACUAAAAAGGCUAAGCUACUGCUUACAGCAGCUGUAGCAGCUAGUAAAAAAAAAAUUGACGCUGGUUUCGAGAUUAAAAAGAUUGCUCAAAAUUUAGAUUUUAUCAAUUUGGUUUCAUAUGGUUUCCAUGGGGCUUGGGACCGGUUCACUGGACACACCAGUCCUUUAUAUCGUGGCACUGCUGAUAAGGGUGCUUAUGCAAAUUCUAAUGUGAAUUUUGCUGCCCAAUAUUGGAUCCGUAAUGGUUUGCCAACAAACAAAAUGGUAAUUGGAUUUCCAACUUUUGGACGGACCUUCAAGCUCAAGACUUCUAAUGAAAGCGUUGGUGCUGCUGCAAAUGGUCCUGGACCACCUGGCAAUUACACUAAAGAAGCCGGCUUCCUAUCUUAUUAUGAGAUUUGUGACUUUUUGAAAGGUGCCAAAUCCAAAUUGAUGAAGGACCAGCUGGUCUCAUAUGCGACUAAGAAAGAUGUAUGGCUUGGAUACGAUGACCUGAACAGCUAUGAAGCCAAAAUCCAGUGGCUAAAAAAGAAUAAAUAUGGAGGUGCCUUUGUGUGGACAAUAGAUCUCGAUGAUUUCCAUAAUCAUUGCAAACAGGGAGUACUUCCUCUAACAACCAAAUUGAAUAAACUUCUUGAAAUAAAUCCAGGCUGUAAACUAUCAGUGAAUUCAUCUUCCAGUGGAAUUACUAGGAGCAAAACUAAUGGCAGCACAGAAAUACGUAUUAAUGGGCCUUGGUGCCUCAAUAAACCAGCUGGAAUUUACGCUGACCCACAAGAUCCUACCAGAUUCUAUCGCUGUGAUCAACUAACCACCCAUGAGCGCUGUGCUGAUGGACUGGUCUUUGAUGCAGGCUGCAUGUGUUGCAAUUGGCCUAAAAAAGCAGCAACUACUCAUAAGGCUGGUGCACCAGGUAAAUAAUACACAUCACCCUCUGCCACCCAUUCCCCAAAGCAUUACGUACCACACCACCCACCCCCUUGAUAUAGAUAGGCAGCAGUAGUAAGAUACCACUAAGAAUAUGCCUCCCAGCUAAACCACAUUCAUUAACUCCAACACUUAGGCUGCAGGUUUGGAGCCAAUUCCUAAACAAGCAUUUCAAAUUCUUGACCUUACAAAAUUUUAUCUUGAAGUAAUCUGCUGUUAGGUACCUGAAAAGCUUUCAUCCAGGUAGAUGAUAUUUAUCAGAUCUCCCUCGUCCACAACCAUAUAGACUUAAUUUUUUUUUAAAAUCCAUGUGUACAGUGCAACCUGUUUUUUGGUAGCCAUGUUGUGAAUUUCAAAUGGCUCUUUCCCUUGCCAGCAAUCAUUAAAGGUAUCCCUUGCAAUCCUUUCUAGCAUCGUGCCAAUAACAGACAUCAUGCAAAUGGUCCUGUAGUUCUCUGCAUAGAUUUGCCAUGGAGGAGUUGCUCCUCCUCCCAGCCCACCUCAUGGCCAUUUCUAUGUCAACAAAUAACUAAGCUAACACUACAAAAUUCUGUAUUCUUGCUAAUCACCAGGCCUUCCAGCGAGGUUGUCCUGUGGUACUAUUUUUUUCCGAUGCACA